AUGGACAGUAGUAGUGAUGAAUCGACAACCGGUUCAACUUGUAGUUAUAAUACAGCAAAAGCCACUUUGAAUUCGGAUGUAAGUGAUGUUUCUGUAUCGGAGGUGAUGACUUCUACGUCUUAUGAAGUAUCACCCAAAGUUAGGGAUGAGACUUUUGUGUUGACCGACGAGUUGGAUGAUAGUUUUUCGGAAACUGAUUUUGUUGAUACCGUAGAUUUAUCCCCGAGUGUUACGACAACGACCACAACAAGUAGUUAUGAUACUGACAGAUCUAGCGAUUUGUCUUUUGAUUAUACCACAACUGAUACGUCGACAGAUGAGGUAUCAGAUUCAGAUGAAUCUGACUCUGAAACUGAUGAUUUAUCUGGCGACGUUUUAGAAACAAAUGAUCGAGAAUCUAAUAACAACUACGAUAAAUCUGAUUUUCUCGAUACCAUAAAUCUAUCGCCGAGUGUUUCGUACUACAAUUUCCCAACGGAUACAUCGACAGAUCAAGUUUUAGAUAAACCACGAUCAAGUUUUACAAAUCGCGAUAGUAGUACUAAGUCUACCAAAGAUGAAAAUACAACUGACACCAGUUUAGGUAAUUUUGACUCCGACCCAGACGUUUCGACAAAAGGUGCAAGUGGUUCUGCAGAUGAACAAGAUGUUCCAACUGCAACACAAUUUGUAUCGGCUUAUAAUUUUAGAAAAAGAAAGACUAGAUCCGAAGUCAUUAGUGGCGAAGAGAAAAGACAAUGUAGCAACUAG